AUUGGUUAAGCAUGAGCGACGUGAUCAUUGAAGAGGUCAUGGACGAAAGCUACGAGCCGUCGGACGCCGAGGUGCUCGAACAUGCGGCGUUCCUUGGCAUGGACGUUGCCACCGAGACGCACCUGCUUUGGAUCGCGCGCGAAUCUCUCAAGGCGCCAUUACCAAAGCACUGGAAGGCGUGCAAGUCGAUCGACACGGGUGACAUCUACUACUUCAACUUUGCCACCGGCGCCAGCAUUUGGGACCACCCCUGCGACGAGCAAUACCGCCAACUCUACCAAGAGCACAAGACCAAGCUGAUGGUGCAACCUUCCGAGGUGCACCCGCCAGAGGAAACACGCCCACCUGAGGAAGCGCGCCCGCCAGAGGAGACGACGCCGCCCACAGCUCGGGUGGACAGCGAGAUGCUCGUCGAUGACCUUCAACGCGCGCUCGCCGCCGCCACCGCGUCGCUUCAGGACGCACAAGCGAUGCUUGCCGAGCUCGUUGGGGCCGAAGCGCGCAAAUGGGAGGCAGAGCUCGCUGCGCGGGACGCCACGUGGCAGCUUCAGGUCGACGACCUUUCGCAGCGGCUGGCGGCCGCGCAGGUGAACUCGAGGGAUUCGUCCGAGGACAAGGACUGGGAGAUUGUCGAGUAACGAUGGCUGCUGCAUGUAACACG